AUGCCUCACGCCACCGCAAAUGGCGACAACGUCGUCGAUGAUCUCGAUUUCCAGAACGUGUUAGCACAGAUCAAUGCCCCCGAUGGCGGUCAAUUCGAUUUCAUGGGCCGUGAGCUGGAGACCGGCGAAAAAGCGGACGAUGCCAUCGACUUUGAGGAUUUCGACGAUGACGAUCUCCCCGACGAAGAAGGGCCCGCGACCGUUGUCGCGCAGGUGAAUGAUGUGAAACAGGGCGAAAUCGAUCUAGACAAUCUCUUCUCUGGCGAUCUCUUUGGCGAUGAGGCUCCUGCAGAAAACGGUCGAGACGAAGUGGAUGAUUUAUUCGGCGACGGCGCAUUGUCUCCGGUCGCUGAGAAUGGGGAGACGGUUGACGAUUUGUUUGGCGAUAACGAGUUCGGUGAUAAUGAGUUGAUGAAAGGCAUCGAAACCAGCGCUGCCUUGCCACCGCUCGAAACUACGCAAGAUGAAGACGGGGAUAUCGAUCUUUUCGGGGAGGUACCGGAGGAGCCCAUUCCCCAGCCAGAGGAGGACAUGGACCCAGUAACCUUGAACGCUUGGAGAGAACAACAAGCUUUGUUUGCGAGGUCGGCUGCUGCCGCUGUCUCACUCCCCGGUCCUGAUCAUAUCCCUGCUCCACCCGAAAACGAUGAAGAACUGCUGAAGUCGUUAUGGCCGAAUUUCGACCGCGACUCAUUUCCGCGAUUCGUUGAGCUUUUUCGUCACAAGAAGGCUUUCUACCUUGGAAAGCAAGCCACCAAGCCUCCGAAACCCGUUCUGCCCACGAAAAUCAACCUUGAGUUUGGUCUAGAUCAAGAACGAGUCUUCAAGACUGGUGGACAAGGGACCAAGCGUGCCCAUGACUCCGAGAACUUGGGUCUGGUCUCAUUCCAGCAAGCCGAGGAGUCUCCUGUGGAAUCAGAAGAAGAUUUCGAUGCAGAGAUUGACGAAUCAGAGAUCCUUCCGGGCGGCGUCACCAUGCAAGAUCUUCGUAUCCUGUGUACUGAUUGGGAUAUCAAGACUGAGAUUUCAGAAAUUGACGUUGAGGAAGAGGCUGUCCCACAAGAGGCUGCAGCUGCGCCUGUUGAUGAAAUGACGUGGUCACUUGAUAUGGACGAUGUACGCCCUACGAAAAAGCGCAGACUAGGACGUGAGCCCCAUGAGCUACUGGCGCUGGCCGACAUUGAAAUUCCUCUUCUUGACGACCCAGAUCGCCUGACUUCGAAAAUCGCGAAGAAGGUUGUCAUUGAUUUAAAUGAUCCUCAUUUGUUGCUUGAUACCCGCCCUGAAGCCGUCUUGCAGAAAUCAAAGUCUCUACCUGUUCCUGACCGGGAUGAGAUGGAUGCUAAUACUACCAAACGCCUGAACAAACGGUACAACAUCUCUAAUGACGACGCAUAUGAUAUGCUGAAAGAGAACCAUCAGAGCAAAAUCCGAAGCACUCUUGGAAAUGCAGCCCUUGAGCACAGUAUGCCUGCUCUCCGACUCCAAUGGCCUUACUACAAGACUGAACUGUCCACGACCGAGGCCCGAUCGUUCCAUCGUCCAGCUCUCACUUUCCGGCCGAACGUCAGUUCGUGGUUCAAAAAUUCUCGAUUCGUCAAACGCAAGCAUGUCAAAGGAAAGAGUGUCAAAGAGCUCUACAACUCUACCAAAUCCGUGUCUAUGGGAGAUACUUCGACGAUGCUGUUGCUGGAAUACUCGGAAGAAGUUCCCAUGAUGAUGUCAAACUUUGGUAUGGCAAAUCGUGUUGUCAAUUACUAUCGCCGAAAGAAUACAGAUGAUCCUACACGUCCCAAAGCCGAGAUUGGAGAGACUCAGGUGCUGCUGCCUCAAGAUAAAAGCCCGUUCUCCAUAUUUGGACAUAUCGACCCCGGAGAAACAACCCCGGCUAUUACGAAUACCAUGUAUCGCGCUCCUAUCUUCAACCAUCAGCCAAAGUCUACAGACUUUUUAGUUAUUCGAGGCUCAACUGCGACUAAUGGGUCUGACUAUUUCUUAAAAAAUGUCGAAAAUCUUUAUGCAGUCGGACAACAACUCCCUUCUACCGAUAUUCCUGGACCGCAUUCACGAAAAGUCACGACCGUUGCUAAAAAUCGCUUGAAGAUGCUUACUUUCCGGUUGAUGAAGAAAGCAGGGAAUCUGCAGGUAUCAAUCAAUCAAGUCACAGCACAUCUUCCAGGGUCUUCUGAUAUGCAAAAUCGACAGAAGAUGAAAGACUUCGUCCAUCACGACAAAGAUACCAAAAUGUGGGUACCAAUCGGGCAGAUUCCAGAUUCGGAGACCAUUCGAUCUUGGAUUCAGCCCGAAGAUGUCUGUCUUUUGGAGUCUAUGCAAGUCGGAUUACAACAUCUCCAUGAUACCGGUCAUACAAACGGCGCCGAUGAAGAGGACGAAGAAGCUGAAGGGGAGAGCUUCGAACAACAAAUGGCCCCAUGGCGUGCUACCCGCAACUUCAUGAUGGCUUCUCAAGGUAAGGCUAUGUUGAAGCUGCACGGCGAGGGAGAUCCGACUGGUCGUGGCGAAGGUUUCAGUUUCAUCAAGACCUCAAUGAAAGGUGGAUUCCAAGCCAUCGGCGAGAGUGCACAAGAAAAAAUGGAAAAGCGCGAACAGAAAGAGACAGGCGGUCAUAGCUACAAUGUCGCACGACAACAAAGGGCCUACGAACAAUCCAUACGCCGUAUCUGGGAUGCCCAAAAGGCAAGUCUGUCAUCUCAAAUGGAAGCAUCCGACAACGACAGCGACAUGGAUCAAGACGAAGAGGAUGAUUUCAAUAAACCCACUCCACGCGAAGCUGCGACCCCAUCUUUCCGUCGUGAUGAUGAGAGCAUGAGUCAAUUCAGCCGAUUCAGCAGUCGCAGUCAACGUGGCAAGGUUUUGAGAAUCGUCCGAGAUUUCAGGGACGAUAAUGGAAAUAUUUAUCAGAAGGAACAGUUAGUCUGGGACUCGCGUGUUAUUCGAAAGUACAUGCAGGCGCGGCAUCGUGUUGAGGCCAUCAAUACCCAACUUGCCGAAAUCCAACCAACAGGUGAUCCAGAAGUCGACGCCCGCAAUAAGAAACUCCUCGAAGCAGAACUGACACGCCUGAACCGCAAUAAAGAACGCCGCUUCGCCCGCGAAAAACAAAAGGGCAUCGGGCGCACUUCCAUCGGUGACUCCGAAGAGGCUGGCACACCGUCAAAGGGUGGCGGAACCACGACACGGAAAUGUGCCAAUUGUGGAAUGAUUGGACAUAUCAAGACUAACAAAAAACUUUGUCCCAAAUUGAAUGGCAGCGCACCUCCCGACGACGGCGUCAGUGAAACCGCAUUCUCUAUGACUGCCGGCUCGACGUCUUUCUAA